GGCCAGUGUAGCUCUCUGGUCCCUGGGUCUCGGGCAGGGUGGGGAGAAGGGUCUGGCCUUCCUUCCCAGCGCCCCUGUGGCCCCUUUGGACUGUGGAAUGGAGGAGGAGGAGGGGUCAGGACCGCAGGGAGCCCUGUGCUCCCUGAGUGGCCCUCUGCCCCCUCCCCCGACACCAAACCCAGAUGGAACUCCCCGCCUGUGCUUGGAGAUGCUCCCCGCCUCCAGGGAACCCACGCCUGCAUCACAAAGGCGGCCAGAAGCCUCGGUGGGGCCACCUGAAGCCCCUGCUCUCCGGCCCCUGGAAGCCCUCCCACCUGGCCCCGCACACGAAACACAGGCCAUCCGGACCCAGCCUUCUGAGACCUGCCCGCGGGGGGGCGGCCGUUCCUGAGUGCCCUGGAGACUUGGUGAUGGGGAAGCCUGAAAGCCCAGUAGGGAUGGUGGAGCUUGCCGGCUGGUCGGGACAGAAGCACCGAGGCUUCCUGGAGGGGGGGCUGCUGCUGCUGCUACUGCUGGCGACAGGCGCCCUGGUGGCCCUGGGCCUCCUCUAUGCCGCCAACAGCAGAGCCAUCCAACGGCCCAAGGAGAUGGGCGAAAUCUGCACCAGCCCCGGUUGUGUGAUAGCAGCUGCCAGGAUCCUCCAGAACAUGGACCCGUCCAGGGAGCCCUGUGACGACUUCUACCAGUACGCGUGCGGAGGCUGGCUGCGGCGCCACGUGAUCCCCGAGACCAACUCCCGAUACAGCGUCUUUGACAUCCUUCGAGACGAGCUGGAGGUCAUCCUCAAAGGAGUGCUGGAGAAUUCCACCACCAAGGACCGGCCAGCUGUGCAGAAGGCCAAGAUGCUGUACCGCUCCUGCAUGAACGAGAGCGUCAUAGAGAAACGAGACUCACAGCCCCUGCUGAACAUCCUGGACCUGAUGGGCGGCUGGCCGGUGGCCACGGACAAGUGGAACGGCAGCACAGGCCCCAGGUGGGAGCUGGAGCAGCAGCUGGCGCUGAUGAACGCGCAGUUCAACAGACGCGUCCUCAUCGACCUGUUCAUCUGGAGCGACGACCAGAACUCCAGCCGCCACGUCAUCUACAUAGACCAGCCCACCUUGGGCAUGCCGUCCCGAGAGUACUAUUUCAACCAGGGCAGCAACCGGAAGGGACCGUGCCCCGCCAUAUGUGGGGACAAGCUCAUAACCCCGCGUCACACCUCGCGUGCUUGUCGCACAGUGCAGGGCUGCGGCCGCACCAUGGAUCUGCUGCGAGAGCCCACUGAGGUGCGGGAAGCCUACCUGGAGUUCAUGGUGUCGGUGGCCUCGAUGCUGCGGGCGGACAUGAACCUCCCGGAGAACAGCUACCUGGUGCGCGAGGACAUGGUGCAGGUGCUGGAGCUGGAGACGCAGCUGGCGAACGCCACGGCCCCCCAGGAGGAGAGGCAUGACGUUACCACUCUGUACCACCGGAUGAGCCUGGAGGACCUCCAGAACAAGUUCGGCCUGAAGGGAUUUAACUGGACGCUGUUCAUACAAUCUGUGCUGUCCUCUGUCAAAAUCAAACUGCUGCCAGAUGAAGAAGUGGUGGUCUACGGCAUCCCCUACCUCCAGAACCUUGAAGACAUCAUCGACGUCUACUCAGCCAGGACCGUGCAGAACUACCUGGUCUGGCGUCUGGUGCUGGACCGCAUCAGCAGCCUGAGCCAGCGAUUCAAGGAGGCACGGGCCAACUACCGCAAGGCGCUGUACGGCACGACGGUGGAGGAGGUGCGCUGGCGGGAGUGUGUCAGCUACGUCAACAGCAACAUGGAGAGCGCCGUGGGCUCCCUCUACGUCAGGGAGGCCUUCCCCGGAGACAGCAAGGAGGCGGUCAGAGAGCUCAUCAACAAGGUGCGGGCGGUGUUCGUGGAGACCCUGGACGAGCUGGGCUGGAUGGACGAAACGUCCAGGAAGAAGGCCCAGGAGAAGGCCAUGCACAUCCGGGAGCAGAUCGGGUACCCAGACUACAUCCUGGAGGACAAGAAUAAGCACCUCGACGACGAGUACUCCAAUCUGAACUUCUCUGAGGACCAGUACUUUGAAAAUGGUCUUCAGAACCUCAAGGCUGGAGCCCAGCGGAGCCUCAAGAAGCUGCGGGAGAAAGUGGACCAGAACCUCUGGAUCAUCGGGGCGGCCGUGGUUAACGCGUUCUACUCCCCAAACCGAAACCAGAUAGUGUUCCCCGCUGGGAUUCUGCAGCCCCCUUUCUUCAGCAAGGAGCAGCCCCAGGCCCUGAACUUCGGGGGCAUCGGGAUGGUGAUUGGGCACGAGAUCACUCACGGCUUUGACGACAAUGGCCGGAACUUCGACAAGAAUGGGAACAUGCUGGACUGGUGGAGCAACUUCUCGGCCCAGCACUUCCGGAAGCAGUCGGAGUGCAUGGUGCGCCAGUACGGGAACUACUCCUGGGAUCUGGCGGACAACCAAAACGUGAACGGCUUCAGCACGCUCGGGGAAAACAUCGCCGACAACGGAGGGGUGCGGCAGGCAUACAAGGCUUACCUGAAGUGGAUGGCAGAAGGCGGCAAGGACCGGCAGCUGCCAGGACUGGAGCUCAGCUAUGCCCAGCUGUUCUUCAUCAACUACGCGCAGGUAGCAGCAGCCCCAGUCCCCACCCGGCCGGCCACUGUGCCCCGGAACCAGUCGGAGGGCCUCCACUAUGGGAUGCUUCCAGGGGUGUGGACAGCGGGCAAGCCAGGCAGAACCAGAACUUGCAAGCCUGGAAAGGUUCCUAGAGGAAAAGGAUGGCCGGGGAUUGGAGCCCGAGGGCUCGGAUGGAGCUGGGGCUCCCUUCCCCGCAACCGAGAAGGGGCAGCCUCGGGCAGGCGGGAGCCCUCAUGCCUAGAAAGAAAUGAGACCACAGGCCCGCCCCAACUGCACCUGGAUCCCCUCAGGGCCCCCUUAUUCCUCCGUCCCAUCCACCCAGGCCCGCAGCCACACCCUUCCUGCGCCCACAGGUGUGGUGCGGGUCCUACCGGCCAGAGUUUGCCAUACAAUCCAUCAAGACCGACGUGCACAGCCCCCUGAAGUACAGGGUGCUGGGCUCGCUGCAGAACUUGGCGGCCUUCGCGGAAGCCUUCCACUGCGCCCAGGGCACCCACAUGCACCCGCAAGAGCGC